ACAUGUUCAAAGGACUACGGCCUCUAUAUUUCAAAAAAAAAUCUAUAUAAAUAAACGCUAAAGUUAGCACAAUAUAAACACGAGUAAUUAGAAAAAAACGGGCACGAUGGGGGAUACCCCGCGGGAGGACAUGUUGUCCAACUACAAAGAGCUCCAGAAAGGUCUCUCCGAGACGCUAGCCAUGCAAAGCGAGGACGACGAUGAAGUCGAGGCCCUGAUUCAUGAGUUCGAGGAGCAGCUGCAGGUGCUCGCCGCGGCCCUCAACGAAGGGGAGACGAUUGAGGUGACUUCAAACCUACACAAAAAGCAGAUCCCAAACAGCUCAAACGGGACGAGCACCAUUGUAAUAUUUCCACCACCGCAGCCGGCCGAGGCCUCCUCCUCAGGGGUCUCUCUGCAGUGCGCGCCGUAUGAGGUUUUUUACGACGACAGGGUGUGGUAUCCGUGCGUGAUUGCAGGGGUGGUACCUCCGGCAUCGGCGAUCGAGCGCGUUCGUUACCAAGUGCAUAUUUUAGGCUACCCCGUUGAGGACAUUGUCUUUAGCGAGUCGCUCCGGACAUGGCAGGCGACGACGAUCGGCGCGCAGCUCCGCAGUGGGGCAGCCUGUCAUGCAAUUCACCCCACCACCGGGCUCUACGAGCCUGCGAAUGUCGUGCGCCUCACGCUGGACGGGAGCGUUAUCGUCUCUUUUUCUAAAGAAAAUUCAUCGAUGGAAGGAAAUGGCGAAGUGAAAGGGGAGAAACCCCCUCCCCAAGGCGCCAGCGCAGGUGAGAAAAGGAAAGGACAAGAUCGGGUCGAGGUCGAAAUACCCCUCUCUCACGUACAUAUUGGCCACUUCUACCCUGUUCUAAGAAAACGAGUGCAGCUCACGGAGGAGGAACGGGAGGCACGGCGUACGGAAAACGCGCAAAGGAAGCGCGAACGCAUCCAGAUGGAGAAGCAGCUGAAGAUGGAUCGCAUUGCACAGGAUGCUAAUGACUGGAAGGCGUUGAUGGGGGACUUGAUGGGAACGCGCACUAAUAAGAAACCUCGACGCUAAUUCACCCCAACACAAACACGCACUCAUAUCCACACCUAUCGCACUGUAUCUUUAAUUCUUGAGUAAGGUAAUAAUAAUGAUGAUAGUGACAUUAUAAAGAAAAAAA